UUUGAGAACGAGUUUCGACUCCCACCUCUAACAGAACUUUGAUCAUGUUACAGGGGGAGAUAUUGAGUCCAAGUGGACUUCCGCGUUCCGCACCUCUAUCGCUGAGGCGGCUGACAGGAGCUGUGGCCGUAAAGUGCACAGUUGAAGAAGGGGCGUCCAGUCAAAAAAGGCAGCCCCCCCCCCCAGAGAGUGACGCGUGCUUCCUCAGGCCGACUUGAGCCGCGGUGCUCCUCCUGUGGUCAGCGCACGGUCCCGCAACACCUCUUCCUCCGAUGGACUACGAGGCCAAAGUUUUCCCUUUCAGCGGCGGCUACGGACGCUCCAACCGAAUGGCGGUGACGUUCAGCUGGUUCCCCAGCUUCGCCGUCACGAUCAACCUGUUCAGCGACGUCUUUUACACGGCCAUCCCGGACGCCUACCACUGCAAACCGGACCCGCGGCUCCUUCCGCCCGCGGUCCUGCUCGCCAACCUCUCCAGGGCCGCUUACCUGAACCUGAGCGUCCCCUGGCUCAACGGCAGCGGCUUGAGCCACUGCGAGCUCUACAGUUACCCAGAGAACUCGUCGGAGCUGUCGGGGGGCGCCGCCCGCGAGAGGGUGAGCUGCACCGCCGGCUGGGAGUACGCGCUGGGCUCGGGGCUCCGAAGCAACUUCGUGACCGAGUGGAACCUGGUCUGCAGUGAUUACUGGAAAAUUCCCGUUCAACACAUUUGCUUGAUGACGGGAUGGAUUCUGGGAUACAUCUUCAUCGGCUCUUUAUGCGACUGGCUAGGUCGUCGACAAGGUUUUCUCUUGUCUGUCAGUCUGUCCAGUGUGUUCGGUGCGGCUGUGUGUUUAUCCAACAGUGCUGUGGUGUUCCUGCUGCUUCGUCUCUCUCAGGGCGUCUUGCUAGCUGGGGUCUUUUUAACCUCAUACGUCGCAAGGUUGGAGCUGUGCGACCCUCCCCGUCGUCUGAUGGUUGCCAUGAUCGGCGGCUUCUUCGCCCUCUUUGCGGAGCUGCUGUUGCCAGGCGUUGCCGUACUGUGUCGUGACUGGCCGGUUUUGCAGGCUGUUAACACCUUACCGCUGCUCCUGCUCAUUUCUUAUUGGUGCUGCGGGUCGUUGUUUCCCGAGUCGCCUCGUUGGCUGCUGGCCACUGCUCAGAUCCCUCAAGCGAAGAGGAGCCUCCAGGAAUUCUGCACCAGAAAUGGCGCUUGGUUGCCAGAUGAGCUCUUCCCAGGAGAAAUCCUGCUGUCAGAGAUUGAUUCGGUAUUCGGGGAAGAUUGCCAGCCGAGAUAUUAUUCCAUUUUGGAGCUGCGUCGGACGAGGGUUAUCUGGAAGAACUGUCUCAUCCUCAGCUUCACGCUCUUGAUUGGAACGGGCGUCCAGUACUGCUUCACCAGGAACCUGCACCUGUCUUCCACCAACUUCUACUUCAGCUACUUUAUCAAAAUCGCCACAGGAACACUGGCCUGCGUCUUCAUCUGCUCCACUGUCAACCAUUUCGGUCGACGUGGUAUGCUUCUGCUGUCCGCCAUCAUCACCGGACUGUCGUCGUUGCUUCUCCUGGCGCUCACGCAGUACCUGCACGGAGGCCUGGUGUUGGUGCUUUCUAUUGUGGGGCUGCUGUUUUCUCAAGCUCUCGCGAUGCUCACUGUCUUCUUUGCCAGUGAGGUGAUGCCAACUGUCGUCCGUGGCGGGUGCCUCGGCCUGGUGCUGGCAGCUGGCUGUGUCGGUAUGGCUGCCUCCUCCCUGAUGGAGCUCCAGAACAACGGAGGCUACUUCCUCCACCACGUGAUCUUCGCCUCUUUCGCCGUCCUCUCCGUUCUCUGCAUCAUGCUCCUGCCCGAGAGCAAGCGCAAGCCCCUGCCCGACUCGCUGAAGGAAGGCGAGAGCCAGCGUCGCCCGCCGCUCUUUGCCACUCAGGUGGACAGGGUCCACCUGCCCUUACUGUGCCCCCGGCCCCAGCUCUCAGAAUACAACCCUGACAACUACUCCCGUCUGGUCAGUGCCACCAGGAAGAUGCUGACCAAAGACAAUUUGCCAUACAGGAUCUCGGUGCCGACUCCUCAUCGGCUGUCAGAGGGUGACGCCCGUGGACAGGAGUGUGAACCGCUAAGGGAAGCGUCACAAGACUGAGUGGUCUCCAUUUAAGACCCCAUGACUUCUGUUGAACACUUGAAGCCAUUUGCUUAUUAUGUAGGAGCAAGUCAUCAAAAUACAAAUAACGCAGCUUUGUUGUCUUUCAAAAAUCCUUUUGACAUGUAGUAUUUACUGUGGCUGAUUUGUGUGGCAGUGCCACACACGUACUGAUGUUGGGUUCAUCUGUGUGCACUUUCAGCCAGCUGGGAGGCACAUUUAACCAUGCAAGUGUUGUCGGUCAUGUGAGCUGCAGCACUUUGUCAAUUUAUCAGCCACUCAUGCACUACACAUUAAGUCUGACAGUGUGACUCACCACUGUCUCCACUGCAGCUCACAAUCUGUUUCCCAAAGCACCGUAGUUUGGUAAAAAGGACACUGUAAGAUUGUUUAAAUAGUUUUAGGAGAUGGGCUCAGUUCAAGCGGUGUCUGGGAUUUUGUUGUUGUUGUUGUAAUUGUGGGAUACACUAGAGGGCGGCAGAUAACGCAGUGUGACCCUCCUAAGCAUGCACAGCAGUCGUGUAACAAACUCUCAUCAAAGGUGAGGCUGCCAUAAGUUGCUUACAUCAGAAUUAACGACGCAGCAAUUAAAACCCCAUUUGCAUUUCGACUUUUAACAACCUGCAGUGGCAUUCUGUAGGACAAGAUCAGACGUAAAUCUUUUGAUAAUACCUCAUAAGCCUCAGAAUUGGACUAGUCUAGAUGACACUAUCAACCCUGUAUUUAAUAUGACGUCAUCUUGUCUGUCCUCUCAUGCAGGAAGACGUUUUUUGUGCAUAAUAAGCCAAUGUACAUAUUUCACAAUUGGCGCAAAAGCCUUCUAAAUGAACUUUUGACUGGCCGAGUGAGCAUCAAGAGAAAUUAUAUAAAUAAAUAACUAUGAAUGAUUUUAUAA